UGGCGCUUAGAGGGCAGGGGGCUGAAGAGGUUCUGGGGCCGUGCCCUCUGUCCCCUCUCGGACCCCCGGCCCUGCAACAGGGACUGUCGGGAUUUGUAGUCCCAAAGGCGGCGGCCGCGAGAAGGAUGCGGGGCGCUGCUGGUCCCGCCUCCCCCUAACCUGCUGGCGCGAGGUGGCUAGCGCUGGGGCGGAGCCCUCGCAUCCGUGAUUGGCCCAGGCGGCUCCCAGCCCCCACCCUCGUCCCCACCCCCGCUCGCCACUCGGGACUCCAGCUCCAGGCGCGCAAGGCGGCCACCGAGCGAGCGCGCUAGCAGCCGCUCCCGCCUCGUGCAUCCGCAGCUACCGCGCCGCGGCGAGACCGGCGAGACCCAGAGACCGACCGACGGACCCGCACAGUCGCAGCAUCCUGGAGGAGAACAUGCUUGCCAAUUCAGCCAGUGUGCGGAUUCUCAUCAAGGGAGGCAAGGUGGUGAAUGAUGAUUGUACCCACGAGGCAGACGUCUACAUCGAGAACGGCAUCAUCCAGCAGGUGGGCCGUGAGCUCAUGAUCCCCGGAGGAGCCAAGGUGAUUGAUGCCACCGGGAAACUGGUGAUCCCCGGGGGGAUUGACACCAGCACCCACUUCCACCAGACCUUCAUGAAUGCCACCUGUGUGGACGACUUCUACCAUGGGACCAAGGCGGCACUCGUUGGAGGCACCACGAUGAUCAUGGGCCAUGUCCUGCCUGACAAGGAGACCUCCCUCGUGGAAGCCUACGAGAAGUGCAGGGCUCUGGCUGACCCCAAGGUCUGCUGUGAUUAUGCCCUCCAUGUGGGGAUCACCUGGUGGGCACCCAAGGUGAAAGCAGAAAUGGAGACACUAGUGAGGGAGAAGGGGGUCAACUCCUUCCAGAUGUUCAUGACCUACAAGGACUUGUACAUGCUUCGAGACAGUGAGCUGUACCAAGUGUUUCAUGCCUGCAGGGACAUUGGGGCGAUCCCCCGAGUCCACGCUGAAAAUGGGGAGCUCGUGGCUGAGGGUGCUAAGGAGGCUCUAGAUUUGGGCAUCACAGGCCCAGAAGGAAUCGAGAUCAGCCGUCCAGAGGAGCUGGAAGCCGAGGCCACUCACCGAGUCAUCACCAUUGCAAACAGGACUCACUGUCCCAUCUACCUGGUCAAUGUGUCCAGCAUCUCGGCUGGGGAUGUGAUCGCAGCUGCUAAGAUGCAAGGGAAAGUGGUGCUGGCCGAGACCACCAACGCACAUGCCACGCUCACAGGCUUGCAUUACUACCACCAGGACUGGUCCCAUGCAGCCGCCUAUGUCACGGUGCCUCCUCUGAGACUGGACACCAACACGUCCACCUACCUCAUGAGCCUGCUGGCCAAUGACACGCUGAAUAUUGUGGCAUCAGAUCACCGGCCAUUCACCACAAAGCAGAAAGCCAUGGGCAAGGAAGACUUCACCAAGAUCCCACACGGUGUGAGCGGCGUGCAGGAUCGAAUGAGCGUGAUCUGGGAGAGGGGAGUGGUUGGAGGGAAGAUGGAUGAGAACCGUUUCGUAGCCGUCACCAGCUCCAACGCAGCCAAGAUUCUCAACCUGUAUCCUCGCAAAGGCCGCAUCAUCCCCGGAGCCGAUGCCGAUGUGGUGGUGUGGGACCCGGAAGCCACAAAGACCAUCUCAGCCAGCACCCAGGUGCAGGGUGGAGACUUCAAUCUGUAUGAGAACAUGCGCUGCCAUGGCGUACCACUGGUCACCAUCAGCAGGGGGCGUGUGGUGUAUGAGAACGGCGUCUUCAUGUGUGCGGAGGGCACUGGCAAGUUCUGUCCUCUGCGGUCUUUCCCAGACAUUGUCUAUAAGAAGCUGGUGCAGAGAGAGAAGACCUUAAAAGUGAGGGGAGUGGACCGCACCCCCUACCUAGGGGACGUCGCCGUUGUUGUCCACCCUGGGAAAAAAGAGAUGGGAACGCCCCUGGCGGACACCCCCACGCGGCCGGUCACCCGGCAUGGGGGCAUGCGGGACCUUCAUGAAUCCAGCUUCAGCCUUUCUGGUUCUCAGAUUGAUGACCAUGUUCCAAAGCGGGCCUCGGCCCGGAUCCUGGCGCCCCCUGGAGGCCGGUCGAGCGGUAUUUGGUAAAGGCUCUGACCAGCACCCCCCCAAGUGAGGCUGUUCCACCGUCACCCACCUGCGCACCUUCCGGCCACGGCUGCCGUGGGUGGGAGAGGCUGGGCAGGGCAGCGCACUCCCAGUGGGGGCUCCAGGAAGCGGAGAGCCCUCCCCUUGUCUGAACAUGAUUCACGGGGCUUUGACCCGCCCCUAACGAGGCACUUUGAGCUGUCUGUCCCUCCUGCCCUGCUCCUUCCUUCCUCGGCCCCCUCCCCGGGGUGUCUCUGGGCCCCAGAGACCACACUAUGCACAGCACCCGAUGCAUAUGCAUAGCGCCCGGCCCCGCCCACCUCUCACCACAGCCUCCAGCGCUGGCUCUGGGAAGGCCCGGACUUGAGUGCCCUGCCCUGCUGCCCACCCAGACAGGGAUCCAGAGCACUUUAGCAGACGUGUUUUAUAAGUAAGGGCCUUCCCCCACUCACCCCUUAGGUCCCAUGGUGACAUUUCCCAAGCCAGACAGGUGUCAGCUCCCCCAGCCGUGCCCAAGAUGUCCCAUCUCUCCCGACUCACCCCAGCCCUCUGUGGGUUCGGUCGGGACACCCUGGAUGUGGCCGUGGUUGGGACACCCUGUGCCCUCUGCUAGCCUCUUUUCCACUCCCUACCUGCACCCUCUGGGAGUCUCGGGCCCCAGCAGGGUAGCUGGGUGGGCCUGGGGCUGGUGCCAGGCGCGUGUAAAUGGUUUUGUUUUGCACGUUCUGUUUGCGCAGUGGUUUGGUUUGACUUGUGUGUGCACCCUGUGGAAAAUAACGGUGCUUCGUGUCGCUAGCAUUAGCAUAGAAUCGGGAAUAGAUUUGGUUCUUAGGAGAUGCUGCACUCAACCACCAACCAGACAGUACAGGGCAGGGGUGGGGGCAGGCUGUGCCCCUGGCCCCGUCCCUCCAAUCCAGGGUCCUUCCUGCUACCAGAAGCCCUGGACCAUGCCUCCCCUGUCCCACACCCCUGCCUCUCGCCACCCCCUCCUCCUUUCCUCCAUUCCGAUGGUCCUGGACGCUGACCCUGGGAACCCCCUCUCUCUCAUCUCUGCUCCUGAUCUCUCCCAGCACUAACCCCACACCCAUAACCCUCACACCUACACAGCUUCCCAUAACUUGCCCCCUGCUGGCCAAGGCCUAGCUACUCCUCCUGCGUGACUAGCAAACCCCCCCCCCCCGUACCUGCUGAGGAGGGGGAGUAGGAGAGGAUUGGCCGGCCAGCCACCAGGGAAGGGGCUGCAGCACACGAGGUCCAGCUGGAGAAUCCACCCCACCGCUCAAGUGCUGGAGGAUCCUGCAGGAUCCUACACGCAACACCAUUUGUCCACUACUGGUUUGAGCCGCCCUGUCUCAGAAGCUCCUCGGAGCCUCUCACAGGCGGCCACACAGGCGGAGAAGCCGCCCAGCUGUUGGCCUUUGAUAAGCCUCAUCCCCCCCCUUGGGAUGUGAUCGCCCUUUUGUUUGAGCUCCCCAAACUUGCCAGAGGCCCCAGAGAUCUUGGCACCCAUCCCUGCACAUUUUGUGGUGCUUUGGGCGCAUCAAAGCACUUCCGUGUGUAUCGGCUCUCAUGCCUCCUGACGGUGGAAUGCCUACCACUCUCCCCCAGCGUAUAAACAAACAAAAAAAGCCCAGAGGCCCCAAAAGUUAAGGCCAGCUGGCCCCAGAAGUGUCCACGACUGCCCUUAUGACCUUGGCUGUCUCACCUCGCUGUGGAAAACAGUGGUCCGACCCACCAGGAGUUUAACCAGAGAGAAUGCUUUCUCCCUGGGGAUGCAUUCUGCCUUGCUUUGCACACCGUCGAUUUUAUCUCUAUUGUGAGCAGACUAAUGUAUGCCCUUGGUUUGAGCCUGGACGAGAGAAGUGUUGGGAACCGGUGUGUGGUUUCAGUUGCAUCCUUAUCCUGAUUGACCUCACUUAGGAGCUGAAAUGAUAACCCAGAGAACUGAGGUAGCUGCGGGAGACAGUAGGUAAUGACCCUGGAAAAGCCUUCAUGGGUAACAAAAACAGAGAUACUGAUCCCUGGUACAGUCUUAGUCUCUCUCCUCUUCUUCUUUUUGAGACAAAGUCUUGCCUAUGUAGCCUGGCCUUGAACCCACAGCAAUCCUGCCUUGGUUUCCCAAGUCCUGGAAUUACAGGGGCAGGCUGCCACGCCUAGCUACACGUCAUCUUUGUCUGUUUCUGCCCUUGCUUGGUCAUGGGCCUUGGGCAGGUGCCAAAGAUCCGUGGGAUGGUAGGGCCGGCGAGGCAGGGUACCUUGGUUGGGCCAGGAAAGCUUUAUCUGAGUGCCUCCACCCGAGACGUGCGUGCGUGUGUGCUCUGGGGUGGUGGGAGAGUACGCAUUCAAGGGGCUGCUGUGGGCCCUUCCACUUCAUCCGCCCCCACCCCGCUACAGACCCAAGUCCACCCUUCCAUAGACUGUGUGCUCACCCAGGAGCUUCUGGGUGCGAAUCAGGAGGCUCUAGGAGCUGAACAAACCAUCACCCCCCCCCCCAGUGUCCACUCCCUGCCCCGUGCGGAGCUCCAGCCAACCCCAUCACAGAUCCGGGGGGCUGCUGGCUGGAGCCAAAAGGGUCUCUGGUGGCACCGAAUGCAGCGCUCAAACUGGUCUUGUACUUGCUGAAUAAAUACUCUUGUUCUUGCCUUA